GUAUUUAAACCAAAAAAUGAGAAGGUUCAGUUGUACGUUUUAUCUGCCUUCCGGUAUGUUGUGAUUGUGACUUUACAGAGGGUAGGCUCAGCUUUAAGCAACUUAAUAGGUAUUUUAAAACUCCCAAGGGAAAAUGAUGCCGUUGGAAAGGUUGGUGAAUCUGACGGUUGCUAGGAAAGGCAUGAUAUGCCUUCCAUCGCGACACGUAAGCUUUUUUUCUCGGGGCAAGAAAAAGGAGGAAAAUAAAAACGAGGAGACGUUCAGCAUCGACGGUGACCAGAUUGACAGAGAACUGAUGAUAAGGGAGAAGAAUGAAGAAUUGGAACUGAAAAGAAACAAGUCAAACCUUAAUCCUCACCAUAGAAAUAUGAUCUUAGGCCUACCUCCUAAUAAUAUGGAAUUAAUCGACUGUCAUAAGACGAUGAGGUACAAAAGAAAAAUGUUUGGAAUGUACGGAAAUAAGAGCGGAGUAGACCCAGGGGCGCUGUGGUAUUUAAAAAGCGACUUGGCUGAAUCGGAUGAAUUUGAAAAAAUCGCGUUCCCUUAUAGCGUCCAAGAGUCGAUAGAAAGGGCACUCGAGGUAAAAAGAAAAGAAGAGGAAAGGAUUUGGGAGAGGGAAAAAAAGAUAAUCGAAAACCUGAACAAGCUUGAGGAUUGGAAAAGGCAAGUGCAGGAAAGGGCGGCCAAAAAAUUGGCCGAUAUGGAAGCAGCCAAAGCCAAGAAAGACGCUCUAAUAGAAGAGGUCCGUCGUCACUUCGGCUACAAGAUAGACCCAAGGGAUGAGAAAUUUAAAGAAUUACUCCUCCAAAAGGAGAAAGACUAUAAGAAAAAGCUCAAAGAACAGAAAGCAAAGGCAAAACAAGAGAGACUCUUAGAAAAAUUGGGCAAAGAAGCUUAAGAGUGAGUUUAUUUCUGUAAAUACAGUGUAACAUUUUUUUAAGAUUAUUAAAUAGUAUUUCAUCAAUUC